AUGGAAACAGUCAAGAGAAAUACGGGAAAGAAUAACUUUCUCGUGAAGACAUGGAAGCGGUGUCGAUCGUUUUCCCAUGUCCACAGCUAUAGAGGCGGCGUUGGGGGUUUGCCGAAGAGCAGAUCAUGGAACGGAAAGGAGAGGAUGAAGAAGGAAAUUGCACCGGAAGGGUAUUUUCCGGUGUGCGUCGGACCUGGUAAACAAAGGUUCGCUGUGAAAACUAAGUAUGCAAGUCAUCCUUUGUUCGCGAUGCUUCUGGAGGAUGCAGAAAAGGAAUACGGGUACCACUGUGAUGGCCCGAUAUCACUUCCAUGCGAUGUGGAUCUAUUCUACAAGGUGUUGUCGGAGAUGGAGGCAAAAGAUGUUCAGCCGUUGAGAUGGAGCUUUGCUUAUGGGUCAUGCAGUCCGUUUAAUCCUAGCCGUCGAUUGGGAAGCAAUGGUGCAGAUGAGAUGGCUAAACUAGGGUAUGGUUAUUAUGGACCUCUAACCCCUUCAAGCUGGAUUAAUAUGAGUUAA